AUGGAGGUCACACAUUGCAAACAGAAGCAAAAGCAGGUUCUGCAAUUGCCGCCGCCGCCGCCUUAUAGACGAAGAACCACCGUAUUCGCCGGCAAGUCUCGAGAAGAAGUGAAGCUAGCUGCAAUUGCAAUCAGCCUCAACGUACGGCUGAGAUCAGCCGAGAUGCCAUUCACCAUGCAAGAACGUGCCGUCCGCCACGCUAGAUCUCUCCUCGGCUCCACCACCCAAAGCCGCACUAAGCCCACCCCUCUCGCCCUUUCCCUCAAAAAGGAGUUUGACUCAGUGUAUGGGCCGGCGUGGCACUGUGUGGUGGGGAAGAGUUUUGGAUCGUUCGUGACAUAUUCGCCAGGUGGUUUCGUGUUUUUCUCCAUUGAUGAUUCUCUGUCAUUUCUUCUUUUCAAAACGGAGGUUCAUUUGGUCAAGGAACCAUCAUGCACUUGA